ACGUUACAUAUAAGAAUACACGUUUUAUAUUAUUCUAUCAAGGAUCUUUAAUCCUCGUUUUUAAAUUGUGUAUGCAUGUUAGUUUAAUUCUAUUCAUUUGAAUAAAUUUUAUUGUACCGUGUGCGGAGCAGUCAUAAAAAUAAAUUUGUGUAACCCAGUGUGAUCUGACACUUGGCCCUCUAUAUAAGGGCAUAAAACCAUAAGAAAUAGGUGUGAUAUGUAAUGGACCAAGUAUUAUAAGAGGUAUUAUCUGGAAGAGUGUCAAAUAUAAAUGAUCUUGCUGCUAUUAAACAGUUUUCUUAAAAAGACCAAUGAUAGAUUCAUUGGAGCGGCUAAACUAUAGUAAGAUACAACUCCUUCAGACUCCUUGAAGUUAGCUGUGGAUUGUUUAGUUUAUUUUACAAGUAGUCUUUCGAGAAGAAGUCAUAUCUGCAGUUUUACAGAAAAGUGUCCAAGGACGAAGGAAACUCUAUCCAUGGAGGUUAAAAAUUCAGAUAUUGAAUCCUUAAAAUCUGAUAAACAUAUUAAACGAAAAAAGUUCAAGAGGUUGAAAGCUGAAACAGAUAUGAAAGAAAGUGAACAUGUAAACAGACCAGAAAAAGUGAGUAACAAGAAAAGAACAAUGCAAACUUUAAAAAUAGAAUAUGAACAUACAAAAAAUGAUUCUAAGAAAGAGAGGAUAAAAAAGUGUAACAAGUCAGAUACUGACUCUGAUUCUAAGGAAAGCAAAAAUCUAUAUGAUCUGGAUAUUGGAAAUAAUGUGAAUAAAGAAACUGAAGGUAUACAAAUAAAAACUGAAACAAGUGAAGAUAAUUUACUCAAGUCUGAUUGUAUGGAGAAAACUAUGCACGGUCCACAUAAAUCUGUGAAAAGUUCAAAGUCCUCUUUGUACGUACCAUCUUGGAUGAAAUCUGAUAGUGAUAUCUCAGACAGUGAAAACUCAGACAGUGAAAACUCAGAUAGUGAAAAAGUGAACAUUUCAUCAUAUCCGUCAUCAAAACCCAUCCAUAAAAAGUAUCGUCAGAGCAUUGAAGUAAUGGAAGAAACAGAAAUACCUACAUGUGAUGUUCAGGAGGAUAUAAAAACACUAUUAGAAAUCAAAAAGUUUCAAGAGCGAAUACCUCGAGAACUAUUGCAGUAUUUAAGAAGAAUAAAGGUAAAUUUAAGGCAUAAAGUACCAAUUCAACAUACAAUCGAGUCAAAGACAGGCUCGCAUACACCUACACCAGAGGAGAACGAACGUUUUGAAAGUAUAAUACCAAUAACAAAAGGUUCAUUCACUCCGGCAGAGGAUAAAAUUAUUGUUGAAAACUGGGAAGCAUUUUGCAAAGCACAUAAUUGGAAUCCGAAAAAUGUACAACCAUUUUUAUAUUUUAAACAAUAUGGAAAAUUUUGCAUGCCUAGUGUAAAGGAAAGACGGAAAUUUGUACAAUUUUUAGCAGAUGGAUUACCUUCACGCACUUUGUACAGUGUUUAUCACAGAUUUAGGAACUUAUACGAACCUCAUAAACAGAGCAGGUACAACUCCAAUGAGGAUUCAUACAUUUUGUCUCUUUUUAAAGAAAAUACAACUUUGAAUCAAGCUAGGAAGUUUGCUGACUUAGGUAAAAUUUUGAACAGAACAAGAGCAUCAGUUUAUCGCCGUUAUCGAUUAUUAAAACGCAAGCAAGAAAUGGAUAAUAAUCUUUCGAUAACGUGAACGUCAAAAUUGUGGAACUGUACUUUUACUUACUUGUAAAAUAAAUACUUAUUAAAAAAUAAGAAUAUAUUUCUAGGUGUUAAGGUUUUUGUUAAAUUAGGAUAAUGAAAAAGACAAGAGUUAUUCAAGCGUAUUUAUGAAAAAAUGCAUACAAUAAUUAAUAAACUAUUGUAUCAAAGUAUCUAAUUAAACAUUUCAUACUCCUUGUAUAACUUAUCCGAAUUAUUAUAAUGCAGUUUCAAUUAUCUCCUAAUAUUCAGCAUUUGCUUAAUUACUAAAAUAUAAUUAUACCUAAUAUUCUUCCUC